ACAAUUUCAUUUCACCUAACUGAAUACAUUAUUUACGGCAACAAAAAGAAAGAUUUUUUGAUUCAUUCAAUUUUCCUACUUAUAUAUAAGACAGCUUCAAUAAACUUUUGAUCUCACAGCCUAAAGUAAUAAUAAAAAAACACGUGUGAGACAAACAUUAAAACAAACAUGUCAUCAUCUUCAUCAUUAGUAACAUUGAAAAGUUGUUACUCGGUGAGACCUAUUGAACCAACAUGGUGUGGUCGUUUACCAUUAUCCGAAUGGGAUCAAAUUGGUAUCAUAACUCAUGUGCCAACAAUUUACUUCUAUCGUCCCUCACAGACUUGGCUUUCCACUACAAUUGCAACCACCUUGAAAGAUUCCUUAAGCAAAGUCCUUGUGCCGUUUUAUCCACUGGCUGGUCGUUUACAAUGGAAUGACAAAAACAACGGUCGUUUUGACCUCGAAUGCAACGCAUUGGGUGCUCAAUUCAUCGAAGCACAAUCCUCGUUAACUUUAACCGAUAUCAGUGACUUUUCACCUUCUUCGGAUUAUUACCGUUACCUUAUCCCGCGCAUUGACUACACGCUCCCAAUUAACGACAUUCCUUUGGUUAUCGUUCAACUCACGAGCUUCAAAUGCGGUGGCGUUAGCAUUAGUUUGUUAGUCUCACACGCGGUUGCUGAUGGACAAAGCGCGUUGCAUUUCACUUCUGAGUGGGCCAGGCUUGCACGUGGCGAGCCUAUUAAAACGAUGCCGUUUGUCGAUAGAAACGCUUUGCAUGUUGGAGAAUCACAAUCUCCUUUGUUACCACAAUGUUCCAAUAGUGAACGGGAAUUUAAUGAACCUCCCUUUUUGUUGGGAAAUACCGAUAACAUUGAAGAAAGGAAGAAAAAAACAACUGUGGCUAUUAUCAAAGUGAGUAAAACACAAGUUGAGAAGUUGAGAAAAACAGCGAAUGAGAGUUGGGGAAAACCUAGUAAUGGGCGUGGUUAUACACGGUAUGAAACGGUAACCGGUCAUGUUUGGAGAACUGCAAGUAAAGCUAGAGGGCAUGGAAAUGACCAACCAACAGCGCUCGGUGUUUGUGUUGAUUGGAGGUGCCGUGUGGAUCCUAAUUUACCAAAAGGGUAUUUUGGGAAUGCGACUUUAGAUGUUGUGGCUACUAGUCUUGCGGGUGAUUUGAUGAGUAAGCCUUUGGGGUAUGCUUCUAGUAGGAUAAGGGAAGCGAUUGAGAAAGUGAAUAAUGAGUAUGUGAGAUUGGGGAUGGAGUAUUUUAAGAAACAUGAGGAUUUGACUAAGUUUCAAGAUCUUCAUGCUAUAGGGAGUGACAAGGGACCUUUUUAUGGGAACCCUAAUUUAGGAGUGGUUAGUUGGUUAACUUUGCCCAUUUAUGGACUUGAUUUUGGGUGGGGGAAAGAGGUAUAUAUGGGGCCAGGAACACAUGAACUUGAUGGAGAUUCGUUGCUUCUUCCUGGUCCUGAUAAUGAUGGAUCUUUGUUGGUUGCUAUUUGUUUGCAAGAGGCUCAUAUGGAUGCGUUCAAGAGACAUUUUCAUCAAGAUAUUGUCUGAUCGAUUCAAUAUUGAAGGGAAUGGAACAUGCAAAUUCCAGUAACUAGAUAAAUAAGUUGGAUCACUUCUAAAGUUUAUAAAUAAAUAACAUAAAUGCUAAUUUUAUUAAAUAUAUCAAUGUUGGUACGAGGAAACCAUAUUAAUUUCUUCAACAUUAUAUGUGUUGCCUUGUAGUCUUGUUUGUUGUUGUGGAUGUACUAUCUUCCGUACGCCCUUAAUUAUAAAUAUUAAUUGGAAUUUA